CUGUCUGCUGAUGUUGCUGGGAAGAGGAUGGAACUUCCCAGAGUUGGGUAAUGAUGAAGUUAUAUUAGAAAUCAGGAUCUCUAAACUAGGGUACAAGAGUUAGAUUUACCAGUUCUUGUUGAAGCAGCUUCUUACCAAGUCCUCAUCAAAGCAGCUUUCUUGCCUUCACUGAAAGCUCUCUGCUUUCUGUUGAUUUUAUUGCUACAGUUAAGAUAAUUAUUGAAGAUCAUCACUACAAAGUAACGUCCUGGACAUGGCCUCGGAGAGCCUCAUGGCAGAACCCCUGUGCCUCAUUGAGAACACCAAUGAGCAGUUCAUGGUUAAUGAGGAGGCCGUGCAGAUCCUGUCUGCCAUUACACAGCCUGUGGUGGUGGUGGCUAUCGUGGGCCUCUACCGCACGGGCAAGUCCUACCUCAUGAACAAGCUGGCUGGGAAGAAGAAGGGCUUCUCAGUUGGAUCCACCGUGCAGUCUCACACUAAGGGCAUCUGGAUGUGGUGUGUGCCUCAUCCUGAGAAGCCCGAGCACACCCUAGUUCUGCUUGACACAGAAGGUCUGGGUGAUGUAGAGAAGGUUGACAACAAGAAUGAUACCCAGAUCUUUGCAUUGGCGAUCCUACUGAGUAGUGUCUUUGUAUACAACACCAUGAACAAAAUUGACCAGGGGGCUAUCGACCUGCUGAACCAUGUAACAGAACUGACAGAUCUGCUAAGGGUCAGAACGUCACCUGACCUAAAUGAGGUUGAAGACACUGCUGACCUGGUGAGCUUCUUUCCAGACCUGGUGUGGACUCUGAGAGAUUUCUACCUAUGCCUAGAAACAGACGGGCAGCUCAUCACAGCAGAUGAAUACCUGGAAAACUCACUGAAGCUGAAAGAAGGAACUGAUCAAAGAACUCAGGCUUACAAUUUUCCUCGUAAGUGUAUAAAGAAGUUCUUCCCAACAAGGAAAUGCUUUAUUUUUGACUUACCCACCAAUCAGAAGAAACUUGCCCAACUUGAGAUACUGCAUGAUGAUGAGCUGGAAUGUGAAUUUGUGCAACAAGUGCAAGAAUUUUGUUCCUACAUCUUUAGCCAUUCCAUGAUCAAAACUCUUCCGGGAGGUAUCAAGGUUAAUGGACCUCGUCUAGAGACCCUGGUGCUGACCUAUGUCAAUGCCAUCAACAGUGGGGAUCUUCCCUGUAUUGAGAACUCAGUCCUUACCUUGGCCCAGGUAGAGAACGCAGCUGCAGUACAAAAGGCCAUUGCCCACUACGACCAGCAGAUGAGCCAGAAGGUGCAGCUGCCCACAGAAACCCUCCAGGAGCUGCUGGACCUGCACAGUGCUUUCCAGAGAGAAGCCAUCGAAAUCUUCAUGAAGGACUCCUUCAAGGACAUGGACCAAAAGUUCCAGAAGGAAUUAGAGACACAACUAGAUGCAAAGCGUGAUGCCUUUUGUAAACGGAACUUGGAAGCCUCAUCGGAUCUUUGCUCAGCUCUGCUUCAGGAUAUUUUUGGUCCCCUAGAAGAAGCAGUGAAGCAGGGGACUUAUUCAAAACCAGGAGGUCACAAUCUCUACCUUCAGAAGACAGAAGAGCUGAAGGCAAAGUACUAUCAGAAGCCCAGGAAAGGGAUACAGGCUGAGGAAGUUCUGCAGAAGUAUUUAAAGUCCAAGGAGUCUGUGAGCGCUACAAUUCUGCAGACAGACCAGGCUCUCACAGCCAGAGAGAAGAAGAUGAAAGAGGCACGCAGGCAAGCGGAGGCGGCAAGGGCUGAAGCAGAAAGGUUGGAGGCCGUUCAACGGGAGAACCAGCGGCUGAUGGAGGAGCGGGAGAGGCGCCACCAGGAAGAGGUGCGGCAAAUGGAGAUGAACAGAGCACGGAUGUUGGAAGAGCAGCGGAGGGCCAAGGAGCGCCGGCUCCAGAUAGAGUUAGCAGUGAGAAAGAAAGACAGAGAGAAAGGUCUUCCCUCCAUUGGUUCACCCCCCAAAUGGCCACCACGACCGGAGCUACGUCGAUCCGAAGCCAGGAGCCAGAUGCUUCCUCCAGGUCUCCCACGCGGGUGCAGGGGCCCAAGCACUGGGGCCAUCCUCCACUGCCCUCCUGGGCCACAGCAGAGAGCUGGACAGGAAGAGGAGCAUCCAGGACUAGCACCUGGUGCCCAUAUGGGAUGUCGGCACCACAGGCGGAGGAUUAUCCAAGAGGAGGCUGCAAUGCUGAAUGCAAAACUCCAAGCUGAACAAAGAAGGCUUGCACAGCAGAUACUGAAGUGGCACAAGACUUCCAGAUCUGUCAGCGUUAUUGUACCUCACCCAAAAAUGAACAUUGGAGCUUUCUUUUCACCAAAGAGAUAAAGGAACAAGAAACUGUAUAUGUUUAGAAGUCAACAAUUAAAUAAUUUUAUAGAAAGUUUUAAGGUUAUGGUGCUGGUAACUGAUGAAACAUGUAUCUCAAUAAUUCAAAUGAUGAUAACUUCCUUGAAGAGAUUAUAAAUUAUACAACAAGGUGAUUUUAUCGCUGCCUUCAAUUAGGGGUGAUACUGGGUUACAUAAGGAGCAGCUUUCCCUUGCAUCCCAGUGCCACCUGUCUAAUCUUCCACAUUUCUGUCAGGGCAUUUUCGUUAUGGAAAAGGUGUUACCCACAUAGACUCAGUCCAAUAGAACUUGAUCCAAAUCUUAGGCUCUGUUGGACCUCACUCCUGUUUGUGGGCAUGUGCUGGAAGCCAUCAGCAGGAAGCACCAGUGACAUUGUGGGAGUCGUGUGGAGUUCUCCUGGUGGAGAGCACUGUUCCAGGACCCCUGAUGUGAUUUGUCAACUGUGCCAUUGGUCACCCGUACAGAGACACUGCAGGCUGAAAGCACGUGAUAUCUCAUGAGAUGGAUAUCUUGUGGAAGGUGAAAGGAACUACAACAUGAAGAUGGUGUUGUAAGCUUAAAGGCUAAAGAAUUCUUUUCUUUUUGUUUGCCUUCAAAAAGGGCAUAACAUUAAUAGACCACUUGAUAAUUGGAGCCAAUUUAUUUAGUACCUAAUAAAUUUGUCUUCCAUGUUUAUUAUUCUUAAGAUCUGGUAAAUAAGUGGUGUAUAGACUGCUGUAUAAAGUGCUAGAAGGUCUGGUGAAGCUAAUCUAAUUUGAUGUUUGCCUAUAGUAUCAAUAUUAAAUAAUCUUAACUUUGUAGUUGUAUGUAAAAACCACUGAUUUUCCCCCUUAAAAUUAUAGAUUAUGUGUCUUUUUCAAAAUUGUAAUCACAAGACAUUUCAAACACCAAAACUCAGUAUUAAUUUGCCUUAUUUUUCUU